AUGGUGACCGGUACAGCGGUGCUUCUGCUUUUCGUCGCCGUCUUUACGGUGAGCGCGCAGACCUUCCAGUACUCGCGCGGCUGGACGAAUGGCAAGCGGGACGGCGGCAGGAGGCACCAGGUAGCUGGUGACGUCACCGACCCCCUUGACCGGCCACUGACCCCGUGCCACCUUCGCAAGCUCAAAUACCUACUUGAGGGGAAGCCGUUAAACGAAAAGUUCUACGCCCCGUGCGAAUACCACGAAGACGAUGUCGACGCGCAGCAUAAGAGCUACAGAGCCGAGCACGGCCCCGAGCCCCUCUUCGAGGUGUUUCAA